AUGCGGCGUUAUAAUUCCGAAAAUGAUGUAGCAUGCUUGGAGGGCUCAAUAACCAAUGAUUCCGUUAUUAUGUACGGUGAUAGUUUAAGGAGCCUUCCAGACGUAUCUAUACACAAUAGCUCAAGGAUGAUUGAAUUAGAAAUGCAAAUUGAACAACUAAAACAAACUCUUCAAGCUGCUAAUACAGAAGUAGAUAAUUUGAUAUUGCAGAACAAUGACUUGCAAAGGGAACUAGAAAACUGCCAGAUGGUGAUUAAAUCACUAAGAGCUAUACAAACUUUAGGACCUGAAAAAAUACGCGGUAUGUCACCCAAGCCAGCUAGCAGUUUAAACAAAACACAACUUUUCAAUAAAAUUCAAAAAAACGCAGUAACUCAAACCGAUGAUAAUCCGAGCUCACAAAAUAUUAAAAUAAAAAGGAAUAAAAGAAUUAAAUUGCUAUUAAAACCUAAAAUUAAAUAUGCAACUAAAAACCUUCUUAAAAAAAUUAAAAUACAAAAUAAGAGGGUUCGAAAAUUACAGAAAGAACUGAAAAACUUAAAGAUAGAGAAGAAUAGAAUACAACAUAAAUUAUUAGAAUUGGAAACACUUACUAAACUAAAAAUAUCAACGAAAGUCCAGAAAAAACAAGAAAUAAUACAUAAGCAGGAAAACUACUCUUCAAAGCUGUAA